AUGCGUGCGAGGGUCCCCCUUUUCGUUCUCUUUCGCCCCCAAUGGCGACGUUGCUACUCUUCGCCCACGGAGAUUACGACGAUAGUGGGUAGGGUGCAUAAGCCUAGCUAUGAGCUAAUCAAAAUUGGGCCGUCACAGGAUGCCAUCCACCGCCUCAAUUCGUGUCAGUGGGGCUUCGAGACGCUGGAGGCUCGGCGCGCCGCUGGGAUUAAGCUCGACGACACCGUGGUGGAGCAGAUGCGCGCCUGGCUUCGCCGCAUCGGCCACAAGCCGUCCGACCUCGACCGCCUGAACGUGGUUCAUGUCGCGGGCACCAAGGGCAAGGGCACGACAUGUGCCUUUGUGAACUCCAUCCUUACCCGCUGCAGCAAGACUCUAGGCGUACCAGCUAAGGUUGGCCUCUACACCUCGCCGCACUUGUGCUCAGUCCGUGAGCGUAUCCGUAUCAACUCCGAGCCACUUACGGAGGCACAAUUCACCAAGUAUUUCUUCGAAGUAUGGAAUAGCCUCGAAAAGACCGCGAAACGGCAAGGUUUGGAUCCCGCUCUCAAACCAGUGUAUUUCCGUUUCCUCACGUUGGUGUCAUUUCAUGCAUUCUUGCGCGAGGGCGUGGACACGGCAGUCUACGAAGCUGGCGUCGGAGGAGAGCUUGAUUCUACCAAUGUUUUCGAACGUCCCGCCGCGACGGGCAUCACGACUCUCGGUAUUGAUCAUGUGGAGUCGCUAGGCGAGACCAUUGACAAAAUCGCCUGGCAUAAGGCAGGGAUCCUCAAGACCGGAUCCCCAGCCUUCUCGGUGCGCCAGUUGCCGGGGGCAGAAACCGUUCUUCGAGAGCGGGCUGAAGAAAAAGGCGUACGCAUCCAAUGGGUGGAUCCAAAUCCAGGACUCCAAAAUGUCAAGAUCAAGCCAGCGGAGGACUUUCAGGUGAAAAACGCUUCAUUAGCAGUUGCGCUCACCACGACAGUGCUUAAGAAGCUUAAUGUGCAUAUUGCCGAGACCCCCGAUCCCUUAGACCUCAAUGACGAAAAGGGUCUCCGGGCAAAGGCGCGCCUCGUUGUGAGGAAGCCUUCGCCGAAUGGGGCGGCCCAGCCCUCCACGAAUAAUACGCUUUCUUCAUCCCAACCGACCAAUCUCCCAGACGAGUACGUCAGAGGUCUAGAAGAUGUGGUAUGGAGGGCAAGAUGUGAAACUAAGAUAUGCGGAGAUCAACGCUACUAUUUUGAUGGUGCUCAUACGGAAGAAAGCCUUCAAGUGGCGAGCUCUUGGUUCGGCAAGCUAGCCCUGGAAAGACAAGUGCCGCGGAUCCUCAUUUUCAACCAACAAUCGCUGCGUAAUGCAGUAUCACUCAUCCGUACUGUGCAUCAUACACUCUAUGAUACAUAUAAGGUGGACUUUCAGCAUGUGAUAUUCUGCACCAACAUUACCUAUAGUGAUAACAAGUACAAACCUGAUUUCGUCAAUCACAACGCCGACCCCGAAGCGGUGAAAUCACUGACCCACCAGAAUAUGCUACGCGAUGAAUGGCAUUCGUUCGACCCCAACGCAGAAGUCCUCGUCAUGCCGACGAUCGAAGAUGCUCAAAAGCGGGUAGAGGAAAUUAGCAAAGAGAAGGGCGAAGUACAGACCCUGGUUACGGGAAGUUUCCAUCUCGUGGGUGGGUUUAUCUCGAUUCUUGAAGGGCAAGACUACGGUCUGAAAAGCACCACGCCCAAAGACGAAUAA